AUGUCUUGCUACGACCUGUGCCCCACCACCAGCAGCAUCGCCUGCCCCCAGCCCAUCGCUAACAGCUGUAACGAGCCAUGUGUCCGUCAGUGCCCCGACUCCACGGCUCUCAUCCAGCCGCCCCCCGUGGUGGUCACCUUCCCCGGCCCCAUCCUCAGCUCCUUCCCCCAGCAAGCUGUGGUGGGGUCCUCCGGAGCGCCCGCUUUUGGGGGCUCCCUGGGGCUGGGGGGCCUCUACAGCGCUGGGAGCCUCUACGGUUCCGGGGGUUCUCUAGGAUAUGGAGCCCAGUAUGGUUAUGGAAGUUCAGCCCUCUCCACGCUUGGCAGCGGGUACUGCAGCCCGUACUCCUCCCGCCGGUACAGCCGGUUCCUCCGCAGCAGCUGUGGACCCUGCUAA